GGCCGGCGCCGACGUUGCGGGCGUGCGCGGGGCAACGCGGGCCUCGUGGGGCUUCCCGCAGCCCCGUGCUAGUCCGGCCCGGCGCGCGUCGCCUCCGAUCCUCCCCACAUUCGUUUUCCUGCCCGCCCGUGUCGCCCCCCUCGUUGGCACUGGGAUGGGUGAUGAUGAUGAUUUUCUGGAGGCGGGGGAGGAUGGAGUGCGAAAUUUUCUAAAGUUUGAAACCUGACAAACGCCGAGGUGCCUGCGGGAUUUCAGUUUUUCUGACUGUUUAGUGAGAGGAUGAUUGCUCACAAACAGAAAAAAGCAAAGAAAAAGCGUGUUUGGGCAGCAGGCCAACUCUCUACUGAUGUUACACCUUCUGAAAUGGGGCUCAAGUCUGUAAGUUCCAACUCCAUUUUUGAUCCGGAUUACAUCAAGGAGUUGGUGAAUGAUAUCAGGAAGUUCUCCCAUAUGUUACUAUAUUUGAAAGAAGCUAUUCUUUCAGACUGUUUUAAAGAAGUCAUUCAUAUACGUCUGGAUGAGCUUCUUCGUGUUUUAAAGUCUGUAAUGAAUAAGCAUCAGAACCUCAAUUCUGUUGAUCUUCAAAAUGCUGCAGAAAUGCUUACUGCGAAAGUGAAAGCCGUGAACUUUACAGACGUUAAUGAAGAAAACAAGAACGAUCUGUUCCGAGAAGUGUUUUCUUCCAUUGAAACUUUGGCUUUUACCUUUGGGAAUAUACUUACAAACUUCCUUAUGGGAGAUGUAGGCAAUGACUCAUUACUACGACUGCCUGUCUCCCGGGAAAGCAAGUCUCUUGAAAAUAUUUCUGUGGACUCCGUGGACUUGCCCAAUGAAAAAGGAAACUUUUCUCCUAUAGAACUAGACAGUGUGCUGUUAAAGAACACUGACUCCAUAGAAUUGGCUUUGUCAUAUGCUAAAACAUGGUCAAAAUAUACCAAGAACAUAGUAUCAUGGGUUGAAAAAAAGCUCAAUUUAGAAUUGGAGUCCACUAGAAAUAUUGUAAAAUUGGCAGAAGCAACAAGAGCCAACAUUGGAGUACAGGAGUUUAUGCCACUCCAGUCUCUGUUUACUAAUGCACUUCUUAAUGACAUAGAGAGCAGUCAUCUUUUACAACAAACAAUUGCAGCUCUCCAAGCCAACAAAUUUAUACAGCCUCUACUUGGGAGGAAAAAUGAAAUGGAAAAACAAAGAAAAGAAAUUAAAGAACUUUGGAAACAGGAACAAAAUAAAAUGCUUGAAACAGAGACAGCUCUCAAAAAGGCAAAAUUGUUGUGUAUGCAACGUCAAGACGAAUAUGAAAAGGCAAAAUCCUCCAUGUUUCGUGCAGAAGAGGAGCAUUCAAGUGGUGGAUCUGUUAAAAAUCUUAACAAACAAUUAGAAAAAAAGCGGAGAUUGGAGGAGGAAGCUCUUCAAAAAGUAGAAGAAGCAAAUGAACUCUACAAAGUUUGUGUAACAAAUGUUGAAGAAAGACGAAACGAUCUAGAAAAUACCAAAAGAGAAAUUUUAAUGCAACUUCGGACCCUUGUUUUCCAGUGUGACCUCACCCUGAAAGCUGUAACAGUGAACCUCUUCCACAUGCAGCAUCUGCAGGUUGCCUCCCUUGCCAACAGUUUACGUUCCUUGUGUGACAGUGCCAAACUCUAUGACCCAGGUCAAGAAUAUAGUGAAUUUGUCAAGGCUACAAGUUCAACUGAAGAGGAAAAAGUUGAUGGGCAUGUAAAUAAACAAUUAACAAAUAGUCCCCAGACAUCUAGAUACGGACCUGCUGACUCUUUGGAGGAUGUUGCGCGCCUUCCUGACAGCUGUAAUAAAAUUGAAGAGGACAGGUGUUCUAACAAUGCAGAUGUAACAGGUCCUUCUUUCAUAAGAUCCUGGACAUUUGGGAUGUUUAGUGACUCUGAGAGUACUGGAGGGAGCAGCGAGUCCAGAUCCCUGGAUUCAGAAUCUAUAAGUCCAGGAGACUUUCACCGAAAACUUCCACGAACUCCAUCCAGUGGAACCAUGUCUUCUGCAGAUGAUCUAGAUGAAAGAGAGCCACCCUCCCCUUCAGAAGCUGGACCCAAUUCCCUCGGAGCAUUUAAGAAAACAUUGAUGUCAAAGGCAGCUCUCACUCACAAGUUCCGCAAAUUGAGAUCCCCCACAAAAUGUAGAGAUUGUGAAGGCAUUGUAGUAUUCCAGGGUGUCGAAUGUGAAGAGUGUCUCCUUGUUUGUCAUCGGAAGUGUUUGGAGAAUUUAGUCAUUAUUUGUGGUCACCAGAAACUUUUGGGGAAAAUGCAUUUAUUUGGAGCAGAAUUUACACAAGUUGCAAAGAAAGAACCCGAUGGCAUUCCUUUUAUACUCAAAAUAUGUGCCUCAGAAGUUGAAAAUAGAGCCUUGUGUCUGCAGGGGAUUUAUCGUGUUUGUGGGAACAAGAUAAAAACUGAAAAACUGUGUCAGGCUUUGGAAAAUGGAAUGCACUUGGUAGACAUUUCAGAAUUCAGUUCACAUGACAUCUGUGACGUCUUAAAGUUAUACCUUCGGCAGCUCCCAGAACCAUUUAUUUUAUUUCGACUAUACAAGGAAUUUAUAGACCUUGCAAAAGAGAUACAACAUGUAAAUGAAGAACAAGAGGCAAAAAAGGAUAGCUGUGAAGACAAAAAAUACCCAAACAUGUGUAUAGAAAUAAACCGAAUUCUUCUAAAAAGCAAGGACCUUUUAAGACAAUUGCCAGCAUCAAAUUUUAACAGUCUUCAUUACCUCAUUGUACACCUCAAACGGGUGGUAGAUCACUCAGAAGAAAACAAGAUGAACUCCAAAAACUUGGGGGUCAUAUUUGGACCAAGUCUCAUUAGGCCAAGGCCCACAACUGCUCCUGUCACCAUCUCUUCCCUUGCGGAAUAUUCACAUCAGGCACGACUGGUCGAAUUUCUCAUUACAUACUCGCAGAAGAUCUUCGAUGGGUCUCUACAGCCACAAGAUGCCCUAUCUGGCACAAGUGCUGCUGCACACCAGGUUGAUCAAGGCUGUCUUCCAAAGCCUCUGUUGUCACCAGAAGACAGAGACCCAGAACAUUCUAUGAAGCCAAUGUUUUUUUCUUCAAAGGAAGAUAUUCAUACUGCAGUUAAUGAAAGCAAAAUUUUUGAACCAGCUACAUCAUUCCAGGAAUCAGAACACAAGCACAAUGCAUUGGAAAAAUGUGACUCAUGUCUCAUUGACAAGAAAAAGCGUCUGCUUCGGGACCAAGAGCUUGAAUCAGCAUCUCAAAAGAGGGACGAUAUUUGUAAAAGCCCCAAGUCACUUCUUCAGCACUCAGAUAGAGUGACAAGCCAUGUACCCAGGCAUAUGCCAAGGACCAAGAUUCGGCCUGUGAGUUUGCCUGUGGAGAGACUGCUGCUGGCAAGCUCUCCUAACGAGAAAAGUGGCCGAAAUAUGGGAAAUGGAAACUCAGACAAGUUUGGCAAGCAUCCUAUAUUUGAAGAUCUUAAUAGAAAAGAUCCCCCUACUACUAUUUGUUCCAAGUUUAACGGCUUUGACCAGCACACUGUACAGAAAACAUGGAACAAUCAGUGUGAACCAAACAGUGUAACUGUCAAAAUUCCAACAGUGACAUCGCCCUGUGUGCUUCAAGAAAAAGGAGCCCCAACGAGUGCCAGGUUGAGUGUGGACUGCAGUGGCACCUGGCAGUCAGGCAAGCCAUGCACAGAGCCGGUCAGGGCUGCGAGAGAGGCCACAGAGAGACGCUCCUCCGACUCCAGUCCUCUCGCUCCUGUCAGAGCUCCCAGGACACUGCAGCCCCAGCACUGGACAACGUUUUAUAAGCCACGCACACCUUCCAGCAGCGUCAGGGGGAGUGAGGAGAAGCCAGCUUCGCCCUGUGCAGCCACACCGCCAGGCACACCCCACACUGCCCAGGGCCAAGACUCAAACCCAGCGGCCUGCCACGUGCAGCCUGGCAGUCAGCCCGCCCCGCCCCCAGAGGCGCCUGGCCUGCCUGACAUCUCACCAGCAUGCCAGAGACCUCGGCUAAAACGCAUGCAGCAGUUUGAAGACCUUGAGGAUGAAAUCCCACAAUUUGUGUAGGGUUGUUAAAAUUCAGGUCUUCUCCUUUGUGUUGUUUUGUUCUGUGGUAUGAUGCUUAUGUUGUGAAAGAAUGUGUUGAAGGGACACCUUUUGCACAGGAUCACCGAAGCGCACACGUGGCUGUUGGUUACAUCGUGUCUGUUGACCAUAUCCAAUGCCAGAGUGUUUCGACACCUUGCCUCACUGGAAUUACCUUGGAAUUCUGUUUUUGAAGUUGUGGAUUCAUAUUUCUUCAAGUUUAGCUGAUUUUUUCCCCACAGAAUGGUCCAUUGAAAUGCAUCCCUAAUAUAUGUUAGAGUUCUCAACUAAUAGGUGCAAUUGGGGAAAAUUCAGCUUUAUUUUUUUGACAUGAAACUAAAUCCUUAUUUAUAAAAUGUUUCUAAAUGCAAGUGCCUAAAAGAUCUUUAUGUGUUAUGAAGGUGGUUUAUCCCACACAAUUUUAUAGUUGCAUCUUUGCCCAUUUGUGCUUGUAGAGUAUGUAUGUAAGCUUUUAUUUUUUCAAUAUAAAAAUGGCAGUUCACUUUUUAGUAUUUAUAUAAUGGCCAGAAGGCUUACAAAUCUGUAUUUAAUUGCAUUUUAAUCGAUUACCAGUUUUUACUUAUGGUAGUCAAAUUGUACAGAAAAAGUGCACUUAAACCCAUUUCUAAAUCAUAUAGUUCAGUUACAUCACAUGUGGCUUUAAAUGCUUUUAAUACAUUUUUUUUACCCCCUUUACUUUGUACACUUGUUUUUCAACAGUUUGAACCUUUUGGUAUUUUCUAUAGUGGUCCAAAAAAAUUCCUGUUUCAGAAGUUUUUAAAUUCAGUAUAUUUCCUCUUAAUAUCAUCUGAGUUUUGUUAAAACCAUUUCUCUUGUAUGAAAUGUUUUAACUUAUGAACCAUGACAAACUUUUUCUGCUUGGACUGCCAGUCAUUGUAAAUGUAUAUUUCAUUCAAAUCUAGCGAAGAUUUAUUUAAGUUGACUCUGAGAGUUUAAUAAGUCUCAUGUUUAGAAUUUGAGAAGUGUAGAUGAUUGGGUCUGUUUCAUUUAUAAAAUACCCAUUUGGGGCUGGGAAUAUGGCCUAGUGGUAGAGUGCUCACUUCAUAUACAUGAAGCCCUAGGUUCAGUUCCUCAGCGCCACAUAUAUAGAAAAAGCCGGAAGUGGCGCUGUGACUCAAGUGGUAGAGUGCUAGCCUUGCGCAAAAAGAAGCCAGGGACAAUGCUCAGGCUCUGAGUUCAAGCCCCAGCACUGGCAAAAAACAUCAAAAAUACCCAGUUAGUACCCAGGUUUUAGAACUUGUGCGUUUCCAUUGUUUUCCUGGUUUCACUGUUUUAUCUAAAAUAGGAUAUAAAAGGGACAAAAAAUAAAAUGGCCUUUUUUGUAUGCGUGAAUUGUAAUUCUGGUAAAUGCUUUUUAUAUGACCAUGUUACACUUGAUAAAUAUAUUAUUAACUUGUUAAAUUA